CUAAUGUACACGCGCAUCGUCAUAAAACGGAUUAACUCAAAUUUAACCCGGCUUGGAUUUGUCAAGUUUGUUUUAACCGCUUCGUGCACCAGGCAACAGAGCAAGACUCGUAAACCAGUCCGAUUACCUUCAUAUCAUGACGUAUGAGGAAUCCCGCAGCAGCCGUGCGCGUUGGUCAUGUGACCUGAGAGACGUCACUUGCAGUUCAGAGUUGAAAGUCAAAGCAUUACGGUUGGCGUCAUGGCGGCAUUAGCGAGAUGUAGAACGCUAAUCCAGCUUCUCCGUCCGCAAACUAGCAUUAUAGACGUCGGGUGCAGAUCGCAAGAUGUUUUGCAUUCAGUGAUAUACAAGAGGGCGCAGUGUGCGCGUCACGCUUUCUUUGGAGUGGAGCGACAGUACAGCUCCGACGUUAAGUCCGGUGAUGACCUGAUCGUUAAAUACUUGGACGGUGACGACUCAGGGAUUGUUGUUUUUGGGAUCAAUCGCUCUAAAGCUAAAAAUGCCAUCAGCAAAAAUCUUGUUAAAAUGAUGUCUGAAGCUAUUCAGUCUGUAAAGAAGAACAAUAAAGUGCGUACUGUCAUCUUAUGCAGUAUGGUUCCUGGAAUAUUCUGUGCAGGUGCUGAUUUAAAAGAAAGAGCAAAGAUGCACCAGAGUGAAGUAGGACCAUUUGUUGCUAAAGCAAGAACACUUAUAAUGGAGCUUGGUAACCUGCCCAUGCCAACAAUUGCAGCCAUUGAUGGGGCAGCUCUUGGAGGAGGUCUUGAAAUGGCACUUGCCUGUGAUAUAAGAGUUGCAGCCACCUCUGCGAAGAUGGGACUGGUCGAGACUAAAUUAGCCAUCAUUCCUGGUGCAGGGGGAACUCAGCGUCUGCCACGAACUGUUGGAGUGUCUGUAGCUAAAGAACUGAUAUUCGCAGCACGAGUGCUUGAUGGUGUGGAGGCUAAGAGACUUGGUCUAGUGAAUCAUGCUGUAGAGCAGAAUGAGAGCGGAGAUGCUGCUUACCUACAAGCUCUGUAUCUGGCCCGGGAAUUUAACCCUCAGGGACCAAUUGCAAUCAGAAUGGCAAAGCUGGCAAUCAAUCAGGGAAUAGAGGUGGAUUUAGCGACAGGAUUAGCUAUUGAAGAGGCAUGUUAUGCUCAGGUGAUUCCAACAAAAGACAGACUGGAAGGUUUGGCGGCAUUCAAAGAGAAGCGUCUUCCACGUUACAAGGGCGAGUAACACUGGACUAUCAAAUGCAAUUACAAACUGCUGCCUUCCAGAUUGCCUUUUACUGUCAUUCACUGUUGUAAAGAGUGUUACAUACCAAUCGAUGGAUUGUUGCCAGGCCUGAUGAUGGUAAAAUCUGUUGGGAUUUCAGCUAAAAUGUAUGAAUAGCAAGCUUUAAAGAUAAAUGCUGCUCUUUUGUCUGUAGAUAAUUGUCUGUUUGGUAUGUACUUUUUCUUUUCUGGGUGGAUUUUGCUGUGAGUGUCAGCUUUUUACAUUUCUGUUCUGUAUGUCUGUACAUACAGUGAUUUGCCAAAAAAUGUAAUCUGAUCCUCAUCUAGGUCACAACAUUAGACAAACACAGUGUGUACAAGCUGACAGCACACAAAAAAAUAGAGUUUCUUUUUUUCUUUUUUUAAAAACACCCAUUACACAUUCACAGUGCUGGAGGAAAAUGUAAGUGAGCCCUUGGAUUUUAUAGCUUGUUGAACCUCCUUUGACAGCAAUUACUUCAAGUAAGCGCUUUCAAUAGUUCUGAAUCAGAACUGCACAUCGUUCAGAAGGAAUUUUUGCCUAUUCCUCUUUACAAAACCAGUUCAAGUCAGACAUUUGUAAGAUUUCUGGUGUGAACCGUUCUCUUGAGGUCAUUCCACAGGUUAAGGUCUGGGCUUUGACUAGGCUACUCCAAAUUGUGCUUUUUUUAAGCCAGUCUGUGGUGGAUUUUCUUGCUUAAGGUCAUUGUCCUGCUCCAUCAACCACUUUUUACUGAACUUUAACUGGUGGACAGACCCCCUUACAUUAUCCUGUAGGAUAUUUUGUUAAACUUGGCAACGUGAUGGCAAUUGCUCCAGGCCCUGAGGCAUCAAAGCACGCCUAAAUCAUGAUGUUCCCUCCACCAUACUUCACUUUUGGGAUGAUGCUUAUUUUUGGUAAGCUGUGCUCUUUUUGUGCCAUAGUAUUUUUUUCCGAACAAUUCAACUUUUGUUUCAUUAGUCCAUAAAAUAUUUUCCCAAUUGCACUGGAGUUUGCCAAGGUGCUCUUUUGCAAACUUCAGGCCAGUGUUGUAGUACUCGAGACUCGGUCUCGAGACCAUAUUUUAAUGGUCUUGUCAUGGACUCGUGAGCAUUUUGACUCGGUCGUGACUCAAACUCGAAUACAUUUGGAAUCUGACUUAUUCUCAAGUUCACAAGAGUCCCUUUUAAAAUAUAUAUUACUGUUUCAUUAAACUGAUGUAAGAUUGACACGAACAGUGAUUGGUGAUUUUUUUUUUGUGCACAUCGGAUUGGCCCUAAGACAGUGGCACUACACAUACUUCCAGCAGUAGACCUAUUGCAAUAAACAAAUUGUAAAUUAAGUCUACAUAUAUUUCUGUAUUAUUUAUAUUUUAUUCUUGAUUUAUAUCUUAGAAGAGAAAUUAAUAUGUUGUUGGUGAUAAUCAUUUACACAAUACCAUAACAACAUUUAUUUAUUAAUUAAAAUUUUCAAAUAUACAGUAUUGUGCAAAAGUCUUAUGCCACCAUGCAACAAUUAGAUUUGUGGUUUUUGCAAUGUUAUAGUGAUCAUAUAUAAUUGUUUCUCAGUCCAGUCUCUUUAAUAGAAUACAUUCAGAAAAUACAGGAAAUGUGUAUAUAGUAUAAAAACUGUAUAAAAAUAAAAACUGAAGUGUCAAGUUUUAAGGAUAAACUCCCCUUCCACUUGAGCAAUAGCAGGAAACAGCAGGAUCUCUUAAACCUAAAUAAAAUUUUAACUUCAUUCUGCACACAAAAACGCUCAAGAUGCGUUUAGUGCCAAGAGAGGUCACACUAAACACAGACGAUGCCUAAAGAAGACAUUUAGUCCUGAAAAUUUUAAUUUUUUUACAUAUUUCCUGCAUUUUUUGUUUGUAUCUUUAUAAAAUUGAUUAAAAAAUAAAUAUGGAUGGACAUUAAAACUUCUAAAACAACAAGGCUGGUGGUGAUGGCCUAAGACUUUUGCACAGUAAUGUAGCUUAUUAUCUUUAUUUAACUAAAUUAUUAUUUUGUUUAAUAAAUAAUACAUUUAUUUUGUAAAUUGGUGUGCUGUGGUUUGUUUUACAGUUGACCUGUGUAAAUUGUAGGACCUAAUAUUAUAGAGUGGAUUUCAAAAUCAUUAAACUGAGGGUGACUUUGACAUUUUUAACAAAACAUUAAUUAAGUGAAAUCAGAAAUGGCCUAGCAUAGACCAUGACCUUAAGUCUUUUCUCAGACCCAACUUUAUGUGAACUCAGUCUUGACUCGGACUCAACCUUCUCUGGUCUCGGUCUUGACUCGGACUCAACCCUCUCUGGACUCCGUCUUGACUCUGACUCGCAUGAGCUCGUCUCGAAUACAACACUGCUUCAAGCUCACACCAAUGUUUUUUGGGAGAGCAGGGGCUUCCUCUGUAGUGUUCUGCCAUAGACACUGUGCCUUUUCAAAGACUUGCAUAUGGCAGAUUCAUGAACAGAGAUGGUAGCAAGUUCCAAUGAUGCCUUCAAAUCUUUGGCAGUCAUUGGGUUGUUUCUUUACCUCAUUGAUGAGUCUUUGUUGUCAUUUUGACUGGGCGCCCACUUCUUGGUAGAGUAGCAACACUCCCAAUGCCUCUGCAUUUGUAGAUUGUUUGCUGUAGACUUGUGAAUUUCUAAAGUCUUUGAAAUAACUUUGUAACCCUUUUAAACUUUAUGUAAAGCAACAAUUCUUGAUCGUAGCUCCUCUGAAAGCUCUUUUUGGCAAGGCAUGGCUCACAUAAGCGUGUUCCUUUUGUGCACAGCAAGCUCCAAAGGUUUGAAGGGUUAUUAUCAGUCAUAGUAGCUGUAAUCCACACCUCAAAACGUAUUAUCUUAACUAGACUCCAGGUAUGCUAAAACCUGACUCCAAUUAGGGUUAGGUUUUUGGUUGUUCUCAAUAAAGACAUGAAAGAUCAGA